AUGGCUCGUCGACCAUCAGUGCCAAAUAUAUAUGAAAAUUCUCCGAGAGCAAAAGCUAUUCCACCUUAUCAAUCAGAUAUAUUUCCAAUGAGAAAUGGACAUGCACAACCAUCGCAAUUCGUACCAAGAGGAUUACAAAAUCGAGUACCUUCAGUUGCCUAUAAUAGUUCUUCAUUGAAAACUAAUCGAAUUGGACCAUCUCCUCCCCAACAUCCACAAGCAAAUAAUUUAAACCGAACAUCACGAAUGUAUCCACAAAUCGAUACAAGAUAUUCUAAUAAUCCAAAUCAAUUAUUUCAUUCACAAUAUUCUAUAGAUGAAAAUGAUUAUCCAUAUGCUGAUAUAGGACAGAGCGAAAAACCACCUUCAUGGUUAUCUAAAAAAUUAUGCUUUGGUUUAACACGUUUAAGUGGUGGUAUCCUUUUCGGAACAAUGGCAAUACUUGCUGCUGUAGCAAUUGGUGGCCUUAUUACUUCAAUUGUUUUAUAUUCGAAUGAUGCACAAGAUCAAGCACAGUGGAAAAUUUUAGGUAUGGUAGUAUCUGCUGUAUUGUUAUUAACUGUAUUAGUAACCUUAUUUAUAUUCAUUUAUUGUUACAAAAAGGGUCAUAUUAUUCUUAAUAAUAAUGAAAAUAAUUUAUUAACACCACAAGAUGAUCAAUUAAAUAGUUCAAGGAAACCUUCGAAUUAUAAUCAUGAUAUGAAUUUUAGACGGCCAGAUCAUUAUUAUGAUCAACCAUAUAAUCAAGGACAAAUACCAUAUGGAAUGAUGGAUAGUCGUUCACCUUCGUCAACAUAUGAAAAUAUGAUUCCUGUUCAAGAUAAACAAACAAAUACUGAACAAACAAUAGCUGCUUUAAGAUUAAGAGAUGCUAAACGAGGUGUUUGGCCAGUAAUGAAUGCAUAUGGAGGUAUGUCAUAUCGUCCAGUGGAACCACCACAAGUGAAUCAUCGUUUUGCACAAGUAUUACCACAUGAAAUUGAUCAAUCAAUUGCUCAAAAACGAAAUCAAUCGAAUAAUAGGAUGCCAUUAAAUAAUACUCGUCAACCAGCAACACGUACAGAUUACAGUGGAGAUCAACGAUCAAGUUAUUUUAUUACGCCACAACCAAGCUAUGAAAUGAUAGAAGAAACAUACAAGGUACCACGAAAACGUAAACCAGAAGAAUAUGUAGAAAGUAUUGAAUUAUCAAAACAAAAACAAUUAGCAACAAGUUUACCAAAAGCAAAAUAUGGUGAUGUUUCUGUAAAACAUGUUAAACCAGUUGAAGAAUCAAAUAUAGAUGGAGAUAAAUUUAAUACUGAUCAUUUUUAUGUAUAA